GAAUCGGCGAGUCCUCCUCGGGCGGACGGCUCGGUUCGAGCCAGAUCAAAAUAGUAGUUAAAUAGUUACAAUUCCCAGUUGCCGAUGUGGUGGGGAAGCCGGAGGGUUUCAGGGUGGGGGAAACAACGUUGUAUAUCAAGGCGAAACCUUCGCCGGGCUCACUCCAUACUCAUAUACCAGUAACACCGAAACGCGGUGCAGUUUGCUCUCCCCCUCACUCUCUCACCCUCCGUCUCUCUCUCUUCGUCAAACGGUUUCCGCGCUGUAUCUCUGCGGCCGAAAAAAUUUUUCCAAAAUUCAAACUCCAUCAGCCAAACGGUUUUGACUAAUCGCAGUUCGCCUACGACGCUCGAAACCGCCGGACGGCAUUUCCGACGCGCUUCUUCCGCUCGACGAUUCGACCGGAGAUCGGGAUACUUGCAUCUGGACGAAAAUCUCCGACGACAAGAAUUUCUCACGUACCCGACGUACCGGUAAUAUAUCUGCAAAAUGAGCAAGCCGGCACAAGGCGCCAAGGCUUUUCUAGGCCUCCAUGAGGUGACCAAAAUCGGAAUUUGGCGAUCGCUGAUCGCCGAACUUCUUGGCACACUGCUUUUGGUUCUGAUUGGCUGUGGUUCUUGCAUCGCAUGGGAAACGACGGGGAAACCAACGGUGUUUCAAAUCGCCUUCACGUUCGGUCUGACCGUUGCAACUCUAGCACAGGCAAUUGGACAUGUGUCGGGAUGUCACGUCAACCCCGCCGUCACCGCUGGUCUUGUGGUCAGUGGAAACUGCAGUCUGCUUAAAGGAUUCUUCUACAUCGCUUUCCAAUGCAUCGGAGCUAUUGCUGGGGCAGCUAUUUUAAAGGUCAUGCUGCCGAAUUCAGUCGCUGGAACUCUCGGGAGCACCGAGGUUAAUGCAGAAGUGAACAUUGGCCAAGCUGUACUGAUCGAAGCUCUCAUCACCUUCAUGCUCGUCCUCGUCGUCCACGGAGCGACGGAUUCCAAACGGAACGACAUCAAGGGGUCAGUGCCGCUGGCAAUUGGUCUUGCCAUUACAGCUGCUCAUCUUGCAGCGAUACCACCAACCGGAAGCAGCAUGAACCCGGCUCGCAGUUUGGGCCCCGCCGCAGUCAUGGGGCUAUGGGAUAACCAAUGGGUCUACUGGGUCGGACCAAUCGUUGGAGGAGUCGCUGCCGGUGCUAUUUACAAGCUCUGUUUUCACAUGGGAUUAACGAGGGACGAGGAUCAAGGAUCAUACGACUUUUAGCGUGUCUUAGCCUUAGUUAUAUUAACCUGUGUAAAUUAUUCAAGGUGCGACCCUCGCGUGUUAAGGGUCACUUGCAAUUAGGCAAGUGCGAGUGCUUGAUUAUAUCUACGUUGACGAGUAACAGACCGAACUCGAUGUGCCGUUUCAGAGAAGGCAUCAGGAGUUGAAAACUGAGUGUUCAUCUCGGACGAAGAAACCUUCAUAUUGUUACAACUGUAGAAGUGACAAGAUCGUUCGAUCGUUUCGUUGUAGGAAGAAGGAGAUGGUGACAUCUUUACAAAAAAAUGUAUAUAUAUAUUUUUUGUGAACAAAUUCUUCGGCCGAAGAUAAUCGUAUAUUACCACACUUACGUAAACUCUUUGGUAUGUUCAAGAGAAAGAACAAACGGGAAUAUACAUAAUAUACUUCCAAAAUCAUCUCACGACCUCAUUAAUCCUCGAUUAGUGAUGGAAUCUCAUUUUCAGUAUGUGACAAUCACAUACACAUAAUCGGCAACCACCAACGAAAAUACAGAAGAGACUACUCGAAUUACCAACUAAUUGUUUCAUUGUUGCUUAUGGAUCUUUGGUGCGUUAUAACUUGCUCGUAUGUAUACUUAGGUACAUCAUCGUUAGUGAAUUAAGUUCUCAUCAUUACAUUUAUCAUCAUACAUAUUGCGUAAUACUCGCUGCAAAAAUUUUUCAUAAUCAUACCGAAAGAUCGCUGAAUAUUUAUCUACUCGACUCGCAACAUCCAGAAUAUGUAGAGUGUUUUGAUGUGAGGUUUUACUCUACUAUAACAGAGAUUAAAAACAUUGAGUAUUGAUUUGCGUAGCUAGUUCCCAAUCUAAAUCAAGCUUUCGUCAAAUUAUAAUUCCUUUUUCGAAAAUCCUUCUUCUUUUUUUAGUACUGGAGUUUUCUUUGUACAACAGUCAUUCAAAAUACAAAUAUUUGAAAAUUGUGAGCUAAAAAGAAUGAAGGAAAAUACCAAGCGAUUAGUAUAUUAUUAUAAGUCUUUAAAAAUCAGUGUCACUCGAUUGUAAAGUAUAUGGCACAAUAUUAUAAAUCUACAGUAUUUAAAAUCAAAUUUUUGCAUGGUCUUCAUCGAACAAAUGUAUUUUAAUCCAUUUUUUCUGCACCGCGAUUCCUCUACAUUUAUCUGCGUCGUUUGUAUCGGUAUUGCUCUGAUUUACCCAGCAUUUUAUUUAAGUUUUGUAUAUAUUGUACUUAAUAUUUAGAAUUAAUUUUCCUUUACGUGUUUAUUAUAGUCCAUGUGCAUCGGUAACCUUUUACAACGCAAUAAAGCCGAUCAUUAU